AACAUGACAUCAAAGAGGAAAAUUAAUAAAUGUACUUUGCAUUCAACUGCUAAACAAGCCGACUCAUUCAGACAGACACACGAGGGAGUAGAAGCUGAACACCAACAGCUCUGACACACCACCACCUGAGUGUCUGUGGAGGAGAAAUGCUUUUCAAGCAAAAAAUACUAUUAGCUAAUCACUGGGAACUUUUCAAGCAUUUAUCAAAGUAUUCUGUGCAAUAAAAUGUUGAGAAAGAAACGUUUCCACUUAUAGAAAUCCUCUUGGAAAACACAUAAUUUGCUGAUAGUUGCUCACCCUGCACUCAGUCCAGGUUCCCAUUGACUCCCUGUAGAUACGCGUGUGUGCAUGUAUGUGUGAAUUUGGUGAAUGGGGAGGCAGGUUCUUUGUAGGGGCCACAAUAGGAAUCAGUCCAGCAGUUAUCCGUCAUCCAGUGACUUCACACGCUGGAGCUCACAGGAGCAACCUGGUGGUACUUGUGAAAACUACCCAUCAAAAUGUCCCAGAGCCUUGCAUUCAAAUGGCAUGUUAAAUUAUCUGCACGCUUAAGUGAUGACCAGAUUACAGCCCAAGUUGAUUCGACUGACUUCUCCAUGACAGAAAAGACACAACGCUGUCCAUCAGCUCUCGUGCCCCUGCAGUGCGUCUGUGGCCGACAACCGGCCUCCUACAGCGAGACCUACGUGGCUGUGCAGCCCAGUGAAUCAUUUCAACCAACAUUUUCAAAUAAUAUAUUCUUAAUUAAAAGUACAGGUUAACAUCUGUGGGGAAAUACCUCAAGUUAAGCAACUUAAACAACUAGAAUGGGCACUCGGUAGAGCGCAUACCUUCUCAUAUCACAAGAUUGGGCAUUGAAUUAUGAACAUUUUGGCAUUAGUUGCAUGCCAAUUGGAUAUAAAUUGACCGUGCUAUGGUAAAAAGAAGAUGUUGACCUUUUCAUGACCUUGACCUUUGACCCGAUCGAUCCCAAAAUCUAAUCAAAUGGUCCCCGGAUAACAACCAAUCAUCCCACCAAAUUUCAUGCGAUUCGGUUUAAUACUUUUUGACUUAAGCGAAUAACACGCAUACAAAUAAAUAAAUAAAUACACUGCGAUCAAAACAUAACCUUCCGCAUUUUCAAUGCGAAGGUAAUGAACUGGAUGCAUUUAUUGACUGCGUAAGGAUAAUGCCCCCCGGACAAUACCUCUAUGUCGGUUGAAAGAGAUACUUUUAAAUAUUUGUGUGAAUGGAAAACAGUGUAACCUUUCACUUUAGUCUAAUGUAAGGUAUAACUUACCACUAACCAUCAACUUAUAUAGAGAUUCAAUUUGAGCAGCAUACAUCUUAAAUAUGGGCAGAGUCGUGACUGCCAAUGAGCAGACAUGCAAAAAACAAGCGCCCUUAUUCUCUUGUCCUCCUCUGGAGCUCCCACUCAUACUGGGGUAGAAUUAAAAUGACAUGGCAGACAACCAUGGCGGAAUGAGCGCAGCAGACACAUUGCUGGAAUUAUUUGUUUUCCAAUUAUCAUCCAACACAAGAGACCGGCUGGAAGCGCAUGAGAGAAUGCAACUAAAGAGGCUUGUGAGGGCCACUGUCCAAGAGACUGCUGGAGCAUCAUUUACAUCUUUCAAUCAGAUGCCGACAUGCCUCCGCUUACGUCACAGCACGAGAAAUUGAGAUAAUGCUUUAAUCCUCUUUCUGGAGAGGGGGCGUGAAUACAAAUAGGUCACCCCCCCCCAACGGAGCAGGCAGCAACAGCAGCAGAAACGGCGUGACGUGAUGGGAGAGCGACUGCCACCAAGCCUGGAGCUGCUCUUCACAAGCGCUGCUUCCCCCUCAUCUUCCUCCCCUCUAGCCCCGACGCAGACAACACAAGGACAGCACAGAGCCGAGUGCAAGGGGCGGCUGAACCGGGAAGGCAAUCACAACACGUGCAACAAUAGAGCGGACUCCCACCGUACGGCUGGCUUAUCAGACAAUAACACCAUCCGAGUGUCAAGUGAUUCAAAUGAGCGAUCAUUAUUGGGGUCGCACUCCUUAAAUAAUUCACCCACCCCAUCAUGCAGUGGAGACGACGCCACUGCUGUGCACACACAGCUAAAUGUAUACUCCUCCUCUCACUGUUGGGUCUCCUGGUAUUUCUGGUUCACCAGGUGUGGCCGACUCAGUUCACAGGUAUGCCCCUGUGGAGAGGCAAUCGCGUGGAGUACGGAUGGGCAGAACUUCAUCGCCCCAGACCCAAAGGGAACCUGAGCACAUCACAUUCAGCGUGGAGGUUUGUCAUUGUUCCUCAUCAGAAUCUCAAGUCUGACGCUAACAUCAGCUCUCCUGAGAAGGAGGUCGUCUCCUCUCCUCAAGAAGACCCACGUUUCGAACACACUCUGGCAGCCAACACUAGCCAACAGAGUGUAGAGGGAGACCUUCUUGGCACUAUAACCCACGGGUAUUUCCCUUAUAUCAUCAAUGAGCCGGACAAAUGCGCAGACGGCAGACGUGCACCAUUUCUGGUGUUGCUGAUAUCCACUGAAGCUCGGCAGGUGGAGGCAAGAAAUGCCAUACGGCAGACGUGGGGGAAUGAGAGCGUGGCUCCUGCUCUGGGAUUCAUCCGGCUGUUUCUGCUGGGGAGAAAUGAGGGCGAGCUGGGACUUUUACAGCAAAGGACGCUCGAAGCAGAAAGCCAGAGGCAUCGUGAUAUCAUUCAGCAGGACUUUCUGGAUACCUACAAAAACCUGACGAUAAAGACAUUGAUGGGAAUGAACUGGGUGGCAAUUCACUGCCCACAAGCCGGCUAUGUCAUGAAGACGGACAGCGAUAUGUUCCUCAACACAGAGUACCUCAUUUACAAGCUGCUCAGGCCAGAACUGAAGCUUAAGAAGAACUACUUCACAGGCAAUAACAUGAGAGGCUAUGCGCCAAACCGAAACAAAGACAGUAAGUGGUACAUGCCUCCUGAGUUGUACCCAGGUGAAAAGUAUCCCACCUUCUGCUCUGGGACUGGUUACGUCUUCUCUGGAGACCUGGCGGCAAAAAUCUAUCGUGCAUCACUAAGGAUCCGCCUCUUGCAUCUGGAGGAUGUGUAUGUGGGAAUAUGCCUGGCGAAGCUCCAGAUCGAGCCUACUCCUCCACCCAAUGAGUUCCUAUUCAACCACUGGCGGGUGUCUUAUUCCAGCUGCAAGUACAGCCAUCUGAUAACAUCACAUGGGUUUCAUCCCAAUGAACUACUUAAAUACUGGCAUCAUCUCCAGAGUAACAAACACAACGCCUGCAUAAACGUGUUGAGCGCAGGAAGGAGACAUUGAAACGGAAUGAACCAAGAGAGACUAGCGGAUUAACUUUGUUAUCAUUCAACUUUCCUUGCAUACAAAUAAUGAUUUAACUUGAUAUCAAGAGAUUAAUCCCAACGUUAUACAUUUUUGGAGCACAAUACAAUUUAUACAUAUAUGUUGUGUAUCUAUAAACUGAUGAUUGCUUUUC